CCACCUCCUCCCUUUUCAAUCAUGGCCACCUCACCAGUGGACCCGUUGCUCAAGCAGUUCACCGGUCCGAAUACUCAAGGCUUGCUCAGAGUUAUAAUUCUGUUCACAAUCGCUGCUGCAGCAGUAUCGAGUCGGCUCUUCAGCGUUAUUCGGUUCGAGAGCAUUAUCCACGAAUUCGAUCCCUGGUUUAACUUUCGGGCGACGAAAUAUCUUGUCCAGAAUGGAUUCUACAGCUUUUGGGAUUGGUUUGACGACCGAACAUGGCAUCCGCUUGGUCGAGUUACAGGAGGCACUCUCUACCCCGGCUUGAUGGUAACCAGCGGCAUCAUCUACCACGUCCUCCGCUUCCUUACCUUUCCCGUCGACAUUCGGAACAUUUGCGUCUUGCUUGCGCCGGGCUUCUCAGGCCUGACGGCGUUUGCGACAUACCUCUUGACCAAUGAAAUGGUCGCUUCCCCAUCCGCUGGUCUCCUCGCCGCAGCUUUCAUGGGCAUCACACCAGGCUACAUCUCCCGUUCGGUGGCUGGUAGUUACGAUAACGAGGCCAUCGCCAUUUUUCUACUAGUGUUCACCUUCUACCUCUGGAUUAAAGCUAUCAAGCUCGGCUCGGUCUUCUGGGGCGCGUUGACCGCCCUGUUCUACGGAUACAUGGUCUCGGCGUGGGGUGGAUAUGUGUUCAUUACGAAUUUGCUGCCUCUGCAUGCUUUCGUCCUGAUCUGCAUGGGACGGUAUAGCCCGAGGCUGUACGUGAGCUAUACCUCGUGGUAUGUUCUUGGGACGCUUGCAAGCAUGCAGAUUCCCUUCGUGGGAUUCCUGCCGAUUCGGAGUAGCGAGCACAUGGCUGCGCUUGGUGUCUUCGGUCUCCUCCAAAUCGUCGGUUUCGUCGAAUUCGUGCGGAAUCAGCUCCCAAGCAGGCAAUUCCAGACUCUCCUCCGAGCCCUCGUACUUGUAAUCUUUGCGGUGUCGUUCGGAGGCCUUGUCCUGCUUACUGUCACUGGUGUUAUUGCUCCUUGGAGCGGACGUUUCUACUCUCUGUGGGACACAGGCUACGCCAAGAUCCAUAUUCCCAUUAUCGCCUCCGUCUCCGAGCAUCAGCCAACCGCCUGGCCGGCCUUUUUCUUCGAUUUGAGCAUGAUGAUCUGGCUCUUCCCGGCCGGUGUCUACAUGAGCUUCCGCACACUGACCGACGAGCAAGUCUUUAUCGUCAUCUACGCUGUGUUUGCUAGUUACUUCGCUGGCGUCAUGGUCCGGUUGAUGUUGACCCUUACACCAAUUGUUUGCGUUGCUUCCGCAAUUGCAUUCUCCCAAAUUCUGGACACUUAUAUGAGCGUAGAUAGUCCGAAGCCUGAGACCCAAGCAAAUGGAACACCUGCUUCGGCAAGCGUAGCAGCAGCUUCAGCUAUGCUACCCGACGGGCUACGCUCUACCCGAAACCCGAUCGUUGGGAUCUACUCAUAUUCGUCAAAGAUUACGGUUGUCGGAGCUUCCACCAUCUACCUUAUGCUCUUUGUUAUGCACUGCACAUGGGUCACUUCAAACGCCUAUUCCUCUCCUUCAGUUGUUCUGGCCAGCAGACUUCCCGACGGAAGCCAGCACAUCAUCGAUGACUACCGAGAGGCUUACUACUGGCUCCGCCAGAACACGCCCGAAAAUGCCAAGAUCAUGAGCUGGUGGGAUUAUGGUUACCAGAUUGGAGGAAUGGCAGACCGCCCAACCUUGGUUGACAACAACACAUGGAACAACACCCACAUUGCCACCGUUGGUAAGGCGAUGAGCUCAAGAGAAGAAGUCAGCUACCCGAUCAUGCGUCAGCACGAGGUCGACUAUGUGCUCAUCGUGUUCGGUGGUCUUCUUGGCUACUCUGGUGACGAUAUCAAUAAGUUCUUGUGGAUGGUACGAAUUGCGGAGGGCAUCUGGCCGGAUGAAGUUAAGGAGCGCAACUUUUUCACGCAAAGAGGCGAGUACCGGGUUGACGACGAGGCUACGCCAACCAUGAAGAACAGUUUGAUGUACAAGAUGUCCUACUACAACUACAACGCGCUGUUCCCCGCUGGACAGGCACAAGACCGUGUCCGAAACACGCGGCUACCCGCAGAAGGGCCUCAGCUCACCACCAUCGAAGAGGCGUUCACCAGCGAGAACUGGAUCAUCCGAAUUUACAAGGUCAAGGACCUUGAUAACUUUGGUCGUGAUCACGGGAGCGCUGUUGCCUUUGACAAGGGUAACAAGAAGAAGAGGGCGCAUAAGAGGAAAGGCGCGAGGACGUUGAGAGUGGAGUGAGAUGGCCAUUUAUUCGGGUUGGUAUUCUUACCGUUGAGGAUUUUGGGAACUGUAUCAACAAGCGUCACAGGCAUGUGGGGGCGUUUGGAAGAAUAAAACGAAUAGGUCUGUACAAGAAGCAGUUGGGCCCAGGAUUAUGUGACUGUAUUCCAAGUGGCCUAUGUUCAGAACUUCACGGCAAUUGUGUCUUCUAGGUGGGUAUACUGCCUUCUGAGUACUGGUAGAUGACAUUGUCCGAAGUCGCCUGGCGAGUUUACAGGUAGUUAAAGCGGUUUCACUUGCAUCCUGUUCAAAUUUCCAAAAGAUUAUAUUGGCAUACCUCAAACUGCGACAUCCAAGUGUACGCCAAUCUCUUUCCUAAUACUGUAGACCUGGUAGAAGCACGGAGUAGAGUAAUAUGAGGACAGGC